AUGGCCGCUCGCUCCCCUCCGCCCCACACGCGGCCCCCAGCCUCCCCCGUGGGGGGGGGGGGGGGGGUCUGGGGGGUCUCUAUGGGGCACUGGGGCCUCUAUGGGGUCCCGUGGGGUUUAUGGGGUCUUUAUGGGGUGUCUGUGGGGUCUAUGGGUCUCUAUGGGGUCCUGUGGGGUUUAUGGGGUCCCUAUGGGGUCUCUAUGGGAUCUAUGGGUCUUUAUGGGGUCUCUGUGGGGUCUAUGGGUCUCUAUGGGGUCCCAUGGGGUUUAUGGGGUUUCUAUGGGGUCUCUAUGGGUCUCUAUGGGGUCCCUGGGGUUUAUGGGGUCUCUGUGGGUCCGUAUGGGGUGUCUGUGGGGUCUAUGGGUCUUUAUGGGGUCCCUAUGGGGUCUCUAUGGGAUCUGUGGGGUCUUCAUGGGGUCUCUGUGGGGUCUAUGGGUCUCUAUGGAGUCCCGUGGGGUUUAUGGGGUUUCUAUGGGAUCUCUAUGGGUCUCUACGGGGUCCCGUGGGGUUUAUGGGGUCUCUGUGGGGUCUCUAUGGGUCCUUAUGGGGUCUCUGUGGGUUUUAUGGGGUCCCUAUGGGGUCUCUAUGGGAUCUAUGGGGUCUUUAUGGGGUCUCUGUGGGGUCUCUAUGGGUCCUUAUGGGGUGUCUGUGGGGUCUAUGAGUCUCUAUGGGGUCCCAUGGGGAUUAUGGGGUCUCUGUGGGGUCUUUAUGGGGUCUAUGGGUCUCUGUGGGGUCUCUGUGGGAUCUAUGGGUCUCUAUGGAGUCCCGUGGGGUUUAUGGGGUUUCUAUGGGAUCUCAAUGGGUCUCUAUGGGGUCCCAUGGGGUUUAUGGGGUUUCUAUGGGGUCUAUGGGUCUCUAUGGGGACUCGUGGGGUUGAUGGGGCUUCUAUGGGGUCUCUAUGGGUCUCUAUGGGGUCCCAUGGGGUCUAUGGGGUCUCUGUGGGUCUGUAUGGGGUGUCUGUGGGGUCUAUGGGUCUUUAUGGGGUCCCUAUGGGGUCUCUAUGGGAUCUGUGGGGUCUUUAUGGGGUCUCUGUGGGGUCUAUGGGUCUCUAUGGGGACCUGUGGGGUUGAUGGGGUUUCUAUGGGAUCUCUAUGGGUCUCUGUGGGGUCUCUAUGGGUCCGUAUGGGGUGUCUGUGGGGUCUAUGGGUCUCUAUGGGGUCCCUAUGGGGUUUAUGGGGUCCCUAUGGGGUCCCUAUGGGAUCUUUGGGGUCUUCAUGGGGUCUAUGGGUCUUUAUGGGGUCUCUGUGGGGUCUAUGGGUCUCUGUGGGGACCCGUGGGGUUUAUGGGGUCUCUGUGGGGUCUCUAUGGGUCCUUAUGGGGUCUCUGUGGGGUUUAUGGGGUCCCUAUGGGGUCUCUAUGGGAUCUAUGGGGUCUUUAUGGGGUCUCUGUGGGGUCUCUAUGGGUCCUUAUGGGGUGUCUGUGGGGUCUGUGAGUCUCUAUGGGGUCCCAUGGGGAUUAUGGGGUCUCUGUGGGGUCUUUAUGGGGUCUACGGGUCUCUGUGGGGUCUCUGUGGGAUCUAUGGGUCUCUAUGGGGUCCCGUGGGGUUUAUGGGGUCCCUAUGGGGUUUCUAUGGGAUCUCUAUGGGUCUCUAUGGGGACCCGUGGGGUUUAUGG